UGCUAUCAACAUAUUGCACUGCUAGCGCUUCUAAACAUGGGGUUAUCAAAGUGAUAACCAGCCGUUAUGAGAAUGAAAUAAUUGCUUAAUUUCUCAUGCGGAACUUUGCUUAGAGCAACCUAUUAAAAUGGUGAAGGAGCAAUUCAGAGAGACAGAUGUGGCCAAAAAAAUAAGCCACAUCUGCUUUGGCAUUAAAUCUGCCGAGCAGAUGCGACAGCAGGCCCACAUUCAGGUGGUCAGUAAGAAUCUGUACAGUCAAGACACUAAACACACUCCUCUGCCCUAUGGAGUGUUGGACCACCGUAUGGGUACAAGUGAGAAAGACAGACCGUGUUUGACAUGUGGGAAGAAUCUGGCAGAUUGUUUAGGGCACUAUGGCUAUCUGGAUCUGGAGUUGCCAUGUUUUCAUGUCGGCUAUUUCAAAGCCAUCAUAGGAAUCUUGCAGAUGAUUUGCAAGACGUGUUCGAGCAUAAUGCUAAACAAAGAGGAGAAACUGCAGUUCAUGGAUUACUUGAAACGACCAAACCUGGCUUAUCUCCAGAAACGAGGGCUGAAGAAGAAAAUCUCUGAAAAAUGCCGCAAAAGGACAAUUUGUCUAAAUUGUUCCGCUUUUAAUGGACCUGUGAAAAAGUGUGGCCUCCUUAAAAUUAUUCACGAGAAGUAUAAAACAACCAAGAAGGUGAUGGAUCCUUUUGUGUCAGAUUUCAUGCAGUCCUUUGAUAUUGCCAUUGAACACAACAAACUGGUGGAGCCUCUUCUGUCCAGAGCACAGGAAAACCUGAACCCGCUGGUGGUCCUAAACCUGUUUAAAAGGAUUCCUCAAGAAGACAUUCCACUGCUGCUGAUGAAUCCAGAGGCAGGGAAACCCGCAGACCUCAUCAUCACCCGUCUUCUUGUGCCACCUUUGUGCAUCCGGCCAUCUGUAGUCAGUGACCUGAAGUCAGGCACCAAUGAGGAUGACCUCACGAUGAAGCUGACAGAAAUCAUUUUUCUUAACGAUGUCAUCAAAAAGCAUCGCAUGACAGGGGCAAAAACCCAGAUGAUCAUGGAGGACUGGGACUUUCUCCAGCUGCAGUGUGCCCUUUACAUCAACAGUGAACUUUCUGGCAUCCCCCUCAACAUGGCACCAAAAAAAUGGACAAGAGGCUUUGUGCAAAGACUCAAGGGAAAACAAGGUCGAUUCAGAGGAAACCUCUCAGGUAAAAGAGUGGACUUCUCUGGCAGAACUGUCAUUUCCCCAGAUCCAAACCUGAGGAUCGAUGAGGUGGCUGUCCCCGUGCACGUCGCCAAAAUCCUUACGUACCCAGAGAGAGUAAACAAAGCCAAUCUGGGUCUAAUGAGAAAACUAGUCCGUAAUGGCCCAGAUGUUCACCCUGGAGCCAACUUUAUCCAGAGCCGUCACACACAAGUGAAAAGAUUCCUAAAAUAUGGGAACCGUGAAAAGAUUGCUCAGGAGCUGAGAUAUGGGGAUAUGGUUGAACGUCAUCUGAUAGACGGAGACAUUGUCCUCUUCAAUCGACAACCGUCUUUACACAAACUCAGCAUCAUGGCCCACAUUGCUAGAGUCAAACCACACAGAACGUUUCGUUUUAACGAGUGCGUGUGUACCCCGUACAAUGCUGACUUUGACGGUGAUGAAAUGAAUCUUCAUCUACCUCAGACUGAAGAAGCAAAGGCGGAAGCCUUGGUGCUGAUGGGGACCAAAGCUAAUCUUGUCACUCCAAGAAAUGGCGAACCUCUGAUCGCUGCUAUUCAGGACUUUCUGACAGGUGCUUACCUGUUGACGCUGAAGGACACCUUCUUUGACAGAUCAAAAGCUUGCCAGAUAGUGGCAUCAAUCCUUGUAGGCAAAGAUGAAAAAGUCAAGAUCUCUCUUCCUCGUCCUGCUAUAAUGAAGCCAAUUGCACUGUGGACUGGGAAACAGAUCUUUAGCGUAAUUCUGAAACCAAGUAAUGAAUGUCCAGUCAAGGCAAACCUGCGAACCAAGGGCAAACAGUACUGCGGCAAAGGAGAGGAUCUCUGUCACAAUGACUCAUUUGUGGUGAUUCACAACAGUGAGUUGAUGUGCGGCAGCAUGGAUAAGGGCACUUUGGGAUCCGGCUCAAAGAACAACAUUUUCUACAUCUUGCUGAGAGACUGGGGACAGCUGGAGGCUGCCAACGCCAUGUCCCGCCUGGCAAGACUUGCUCCAGUGUAUCUCUCCAACAGAGGUUUUUCUAUUGGAAUUGGGGAUGUGACGCCUGGCCAGGGUCUGCUGAAGGCCAAACAGGACCUUCUGGAUGACGGCUACAGGAAGUGUGAUGAUUACAUUGAAGCUUUGCAGACUGGGAAGUUACAGCAGCAGCCAGGCUGCACAGCAGAGGAGACUUUGGAGGCUCUAAUCUUGAGAGAGCUUUCUGUAAUCAGAGAUCGAGCUGGCAGUGCCUGUCUCAGGGAGCUUGACAAGAGCAACAGCCCUCUUAUUAUGGCUCUUUGUGGCUCUAAAGGGUCCUUCAUUAAUAUCUCUCAGAUGAUUGCCUGUGUGGGCCAGCAGGCCAUAAGUGGCUCUCGAGUCCCGGAUGGUUUUGAGAACCGCUCCUUGCCUCAUUUUGAAAAACACUCUAAACUGCCUGCUGCCAAAGGCUUCGUGGCUGACAGCUUCUAUUCAGGUUUGACACCCACAGAGUUUUUCUUCCACACGAUGGCUGGUCGUGAGGGCCUGGUGGACACUGCAGUGAAAACUGCUGAGACUGGAUACAUGCAGAGACGACUGGUGAAGUCCCUGGAGGAUUUGUGCUCGCAGUAUGACCUAACAGUGCGCAGCUCCACAGGUGACAUCAUCCAGUUUAUUUAUGGUGGCGAUGGUUUGGAUCCCGCUGCAAUGGAAGGAAAGGAUGAGCCGCUGGAGUUUAAGAGAGUCCUGGACAACAUUCGGGCGGUCAACACGUGUCCAGAUGAGCCGGCAUUCAGUUCAAAUGAGUUGGUCCUCACUGCGGAUGCCAUCAUGAAAAGAUCUGACUUCCUAUGCUGCAGGGACAGUUUCUUGGAGGAGAUAAAGAAAUUCAUCAAGAGUAUGUCAGAAAGGAUUAAGAAAACCAGAGACAAGUAUGGCAUCAAUGACAACGGCACCAGUGAGCCAAAAGUUCUCUAUCAGCUGGACCGCAUUACCCCAACUCAGCUGGAGAAGUUUCUGGAAACCUGUAGAGACAAGUACAUGAGAGCCCAGAUGGAGCCAGGCUCAGCAGUCGGGGCCCUGUGUGCUCAGAGCAUCGGAGAGCCUGGUACUCAGAUGACACUGAAAACCUUUCACUUUGCUGGAGUGGCUUCGAUGAAUAUCACUCUGGGGGUUCCUCGCAUAAAAGAAAUCAUCAAUGCCUCCAAGAAUAUCAGCACCCCUAUAAUCACAGCACACCUGGAUGUUGAAGAUGAUGCUGACUUUGCCAGACUGGUAAAGGGGAGAAUUGAGAAAACUCUUCUAGGAGAGAUUUCAGAGUACAUCGAAGAGGUGUUUCUUCCAGAUGACUGCUUUAUCUUGGUCAAGUUGUCUCUGGAAAGAAUAAGGCUGCUGCGACUGGAGGUUAAUGCAGAGACGGUGCGCUACUCCAUCUGCAUGUCUAAAUUGCGAGUCAAGCCGGCAGAUAUCGCUGUCCACGGCGAGGCGGUUGUGUGUGUAUCUCCACGAGAGAACAGCAAAAGCUCCAUGUACUAUGUGCUGCAGUCGUUAAAAGAAGAUCUUCCUAAGGUGGUGGUUCAAGGAAUACCUGAGGUCGCCCGAGCCGUCAUUCACAUUGACGAACAGAGCGGCAAGAACAAGUACAAACUCCUGGUGGAGGGCGACAACCUGAGAGCUGUCAUGGCCACGCAUGGAGUGAAUGGAAGUAGGACCACUUCAAACAAUACAUAUGAGGUUGAGAGGACUUUGGGUAUUGAGGCUGCUAGAUCCACCAUCAUUAAUGAGAUCCAGUACACUAUGGUGAACCAUGGCAUGAGCAUUGACCGCCGUCAUGUAAUGCUUCUCGCAGAUCUCAUGUCCUACAAGGGGGAGAUCCUGGGAAUCACCAGGUUCGGGUUAGCCAAAAUGAAAGAAAGUGUCCUCAUGCUGGCUUCCUUUGAGAAAACGGCCGACCAUCUCUUUGACGCUGCCUACUUUGGACAAAAGGACUCUGUCUGCGGUGUGUCUGAAUGCAUUAUUAUGGGGAUUCCAAUGAAUAUUGGAACAGGGCUGUUCAAACUCCUACACAAAGCUGACAAGGACCCCACUCCUGCCACGAGGCCACUUCUAUUUGACUCUGCAGAUUUCCAUAUACCUCUGAUCACAUAGCAUGGAGAGAGGGAGCAGGGAUUGAAGGAUUUUGUUUUUCUCAGCUGAGUUAUUGGCAUAAAAAAAUAUAAAGUGCCUGCUGUGUUUAUUUCCCUUAUGUUGGAAGGUCUAACACAGAAUGACUUAUGUAUGUCUUUUUUUAAGCAUAAUGCUGGUUUGUUAGUACAUGAGCAAAUGUAGAAUUAAUAUUUCAGUUUGCAAAAAAGCUGCAGAUGCUUGACUGUUUGCUCCUUUUCUGGCUUUUUCAUGUUUAUUAAACAGUGUUUCAUCUGUUAUGAUGCUGCAUAAUUUAAUGUUCCCACUAUGUAAUGGAACAGAACAGUGAAUAAUUCAUUUUUAUUUAGAAAAAAAUAACCACCUUCAUCAUGAAGAUACUUAAUCUAUGUUGGUUUUGAGUUCAGAUUGUAUCGAGAGCUUCCUUUUAACAGCUCAAAUCAGUUUCACGUAACUGAAAAAUAUGUUAUACAGGAUUGAGCCCUGCAGAUGGUAAUAGAAAUUAAGUUUUUAGAUCCUGUAUGGAGUCCAUUGAUGUAAUUAUUUUAUGUACAUAAUGCAAUAAAUAAAUGACCUUACUACAACAUGG